AUGGGCAAAAGCUGCCUGGUAAAUGCAGCCUCUGGAAGCCAAGUGAUAUCAGUCACACAGUUUCAAACCUCGACCUGUGCCGAUCGACAGGCGCCCGGCAUUUUUUGCUCCGACUGCAACACGGUUGCAGUGUGCGUGAAAAUUGGUACGGUUUGGGAAACGUUCUGGGUCGAAGCGUGCAGUGCUUCAGAGGGACUGUACUGUAACGAGUUUGAGGGAGGCUGCUCUACCAGCGUCGGAUCAUGCAAUCCGGGUGGAGAGGCAAACUUUGAGUGCAACACACCGGGCAUAUUUCCGGACCCGUUCAACUGUCGCCUGUAUCACAUGUGCUUCCAAAACGGCAACAACCCGGUUGCGAUCAAUAUGGAUUGUGGUGGAGCAGCAUUCUCGCCGGCGAGCGGAGACUGUUCACUACCCCUGAACGAUACCAUCUGCCUAUCGCCUCAAUAUAACUGCACCGUGUUAGGACAGAUGGGCGCAUGGCCUGGAAAUAAUAACAUCUAUUACAUCUGUGCUGCGGAAACGACGACCAACGGUGAUCGAAUACUGCGUCCACGUUUGUACCGAUGUCCGGCGAAUCAAAUGUUCCAGGAGGGGCAGUGUGUGCAGCGUGACUGGUCCAAUAUGCCGCCCGGUACGAUUGUGCCGUACGAAUGCGUACGACCGGGAUUGUUUGCUGAUCCGGCACACUGUCGGUACUAUUACAGCUGUAGUGCAGAGCUGGUCGCAACGCAUUUGCAGUGUCCGGAUGGUACUUUUUUUAACGCCAAUACACUGUCUUGCGUACUAGGUAGUUGCUAG